AUGUCAAAAGCUGCAUGGCAAUUGGGUAAGUAUAUCGAUCAUUUCAAUAAUUCAGGCAGGUCUAACGAUCAACUACAUCAUCCCGCCAAGUUCCCACCACGAGAGUUGGUCAUUUCAGUCUUACAUCGGAUCUCGCCUGUCACUAACACCAUACAGUCCUCACCAGCCGCCAGUUUGGCGUCGCCACCAUCUGGUGAGGUCAUUGCCACCAUUGGUCCUCGUGGCGCUGGUACUCACAAAAAGGUGUCGCGUCGGGCUAUCGAAGAUGUUGAUAUUCGGAAAGCCUGCGAGAAGAUCAUUCAGCCGGGAGCGCCCAUCUCACUCCGUCUACAGAGCAAUCUUCUCUACGGCGUAUCCCGUGUCUACUCAUCUCAGUGUAAAUACAUGCUCACCGAUACAGAGAAGGUUCAGACGACGAUGAGAACCUUCCUCAGACUCAUUGCCAAUAACGAGACUGAUACUAAAGCCGGAAGAGCAAGGCGUGAGCAGAUUACCUUAAGCGACGACCCGGGUUUCGUUCCGACGAGUGUUAUGCCCUACUUCACCAUUGACGACGACGGUAAUCCCUGCUUCGUUGCUGGAAGUCAGCCGUCUUCGGGCUCCAGAAAUAAGUCGCAGUCGCAGCUCAGUCCGUUUCCCGAUCCCAUUGACUUCCUUGACGACAGCGACCACGGAAAUUCGCCGUUUCAUCUCGACUUUUCCCAGUCGCCAGAUAUCCCGGACUUCCGCCUGCCUUCCCCUUUCGCACAAAGCUCUGCGCAGAAAACGCUCCUUCCUCGAUCUCGGGACGAUAUGGAACUCGACAUGAAUGCAGACCCGUUCGGAGCUCUGGACGACUUCGACAACUUUGGUGGUGUUGAGCUAGCCAUUGAUGAAAACGGGGCAGUCAUACUGGACGAGGACGAGCUUGAGUUACCUGAGCUUGCAGGGAUCAAUAUGUGCGAUGUCGACUUUCCAAUGCAGCAAGACCAGGCUGCAGCCGAGCAUCAAGUUGCUGGCGAUAUCCACGCUGUCGACGCUCAACAUGCCGUGCCCUUGCUCGGAAGCGACCCUCUUCCGCAUUUGAGAGAUGCCCCAUUAGUCCCUGAAGCCUCCCGGGGAGCUCAGAGCGAUCAAGCAGUUGCUCCUGCUAACAAGCGUCGCCGCAUUCUAAAGCUAGAUAACGGCACGCAACUCUCCCGUUCAACUCUCAAAUCAUGGCAGGGUGACUACCUCGAUAACACAGAAAGAGCGACCAAAAGACGCAGGGGCAACGCCAACCAAGCCAAAGAGAAUGCCUAUUUCUUUCUUUUUGGGAAGGGUAUUGGAGGCGUGGGUACCUAUGGGGUUGACUUCCCCUUAGCUCAGAUGUUCGCGGGCAAUGGCCUGCGUGAUAUCAUUUACGGCCCGCCCACAGAAGAGGAACGCGAGGCUCAAACACCUUCCCCUAGAGGCCGUCGGAGACGAGCAGGCGAGGCAUUUGGAGAGGACGGCGAUGAACAUGUAGACCGAAACAUUCGGCCUAGGCUCAAUGAAACACCGCACCAAGGCCGCUCUAUGGAUGAUGACACUGGCUUCGACAUGGCAUUCGGGGACGAUUCGAUGCCCGAGAUGGGCAUGGAAGCUGGCCAGCCCAUGCGCGACAACCAUUCAUCCUCCAUGAUGCCAUGGGCCCAAACCCCUUCGGUAGGCAGAGGCUCUUCAGUUGCCAGCCACAGUGCUCAGCGGCAUGAAAACGCUAGCCGCCAGAAGUCUGCCAGUAUUCGCGGAAGCAGCAUGCCACCCUUCGAGCCCCUCCAUGAUGCGCAGCACACAGAGGAAUUCGACGCCUUUCCCUUCGACAUGCCGGCGUCACAGGACUUGGCUUCUGAAGGUCUUGACCCACCCGAGAUCCUGAUUACUGCCCAGCAGAAAGGUGAGAACGACUCUCAAUGGAUGCGGUCGAUGCUCGACACUGCAAGCGCAGAGUUCCUGCAAUGGACCGAGGAAGAAGCCAAGAAGACGGGCCAGAUCAAGGAGGGAGAUGCGAAGAAGAACCGCCGAUGGGUUGAAUUUGACGAUCUCAUCGAGCCCGAAAAGCAGAAUCACGUUGUCGCGGCCCAGGCGUUCUAUCAUGUUCUGGCUCUGGCGACCAAGGACGCCAUUACAGUCGAGCAGCAUGUCGCGGACCUGCAGCCCUUCGGACGUAUUCGAAUUGGAGUUGACAUGACGGCGCACAUCAACAGCGAGGAGUGA